CGUAGUUCGAUUGCCGAUGAUCGCUCACACAUACGGGUGGACGAUCGAUUGCCUUUAUUGACACGCGAUACCGCGAGUACAGUAAGUGGAAUCCAUACAAGACGGAGAGGAAGGAAACGCGAGCGACUCGAACAAUCUAUUGUAAAACGUUGAAGAAAAGGAAAAUACAGGAUAUCGACAUGCAACCAAUAGUAUCAGUAGGUGUAAUUGUUCUGUUGAUUGGAUCUUGCACGGCCAAUCAGGACUUCUUGACAAAUUCCUUAAACGAGUGCAUAAAGACGGAAUCCUGGACGUCUUGUUUGAAACAUCAAAUUUUGGCUUAUCUCGAUAACAAACUGGGAACUAUUACGGAAGCGAGAUCGCUCGAAACUGUUGACGAGGCGAUCGUCGCCAGGACUUUCAAAUAUCUCAAGAGUUUCGAUUACGGAGUUGAUUUACCUUUCAUCGAUGCUAGUUUGAAGUACAGACCUAGCAGGAGCCUGGCUGACCUUGACGUCGAAUUCAAGAAUAACGACGUAGCUACCAAUCAAGCUCGAGGACUUUUGAAGAAAAAGCUUCUACUACCAUUUUUGCUGCUAUUAAAAUUGAAAUUAAAGGCUUUAAUGCCUAUUUUUGUCGCUAUUAUUGGACUGAAAGCUUUAAAAGCUCUUGUCCUGUCAAAGCUUGCCAUUCUUAUCGUGAUUGGAUUUGUCGUCUCACAGUUCUUCAAGAAAGGUGGCAUGAUGAUGCCAAUGGGAAUGUCUAUGGAACCGGCAUCAACAUAUGGUGCUCCACCUUUGCUCUCGACGACGUCGAGUUAUGAUCCUGUCAAUACGUGGGAUGGUAAUGGUCCUUAUUCCCGCGUUUGGACGCCAACCAAUAGUGUGGAGGCACAAAAUCUUGCUUACAGCUAUUACUCGCCCGGCGGCAGCUCUAGCUCGUACAACUCAGUAGGAUCCUCUUCAUCGUCCUCAUCUUCAAGCAGCUCAACGAACUACAACUGAACUCGUUCUAAUGUCCCACUAACGACGCAAUCGAUCAAUCGUCCGAUGUUGCCCUCGUGAACGCAUUCCCGAUCGUACGUCGGAACAUAAGAUACGACCAAAGAAACGCAUGCCAAAUAAUCAAGUAGCUCGCUGACGAUCGAUGCUGACGCGAUGUCAGGUUCGUUAACGAGAGCGCCACAUUCAAAGACUGUCGGUACCGUGUCGACUAUAAUCGUAGAAUCGUUUUAUCGGUUCAACAAAACUUGCAUUCAGCUCGACGGCGGAUUUAUUAGCUUAUCGAGAAAUUAGUUGUGCUAAUUAAAUUUUUGAUUAAGUUUAAGAAUCCGUGAUAUUUCCUCUAAUUCUGAAUUGCUAUAUGCAUGACAUUCGGAAUAUGUGGUAAAUAAGAUUAAAUUAAAAAAAAAAAAUUAUUUGCGAUAUCGACAAAGCCGUUCACCAUUUUCCUUUGAGUGUAACAUGUACGCGUCGAAGGAUAAUUAGCACUGAACAUCUUUGCAUGCAUCAAAGUAUAUAAUAUUGUAAAUAUACAGGUACGUUGCCGAAUAUAUUUGCGAGGCGAUACAAAAUUA